UUCAUAGCUCUUUCUCACACCAGUCAUCUUCCAUCUGCCGCCCGCGCUAUCCAGUCCCACAGCGCACAUGGCAAGCACCUACCUCUCAAGCUUCCAGGCCACCGCCCGUAGCGGCGGCGCGUCACCGAGGCCGAGGCCAAGAGUGGUGACAUGCCACGCCUCCGAGCCGUCGGGCCGGCGAUCAGCUUGCCUCAGUCUAGGUCUCGGCCUUGCCACCGCCGCUCAGCUCCACACAGCGCCCGCCCGCGCCACCGCUGACGCCGACGAGGACCCGGAGCCGGCCAACAACGGCUGGUGGCUCACCGAGUUCCCCCUGCCAGUGCCCAAGAUCCGCAACAAGGAGAUCAACAAUGGCGAGACAGGGACGCGAUCCUUUGUGAAGAACGGCAUCUACAUGGCGGACAUCGGGCCAAGCUUCGCGGCGCACGCCUACCGGGUGCGCAGCUCCGCCUUCGACCUGCUGGCGCUGGAGGACCUGCUCGGCAAGGAGGCCUCCAACUAUGUCAACAAGUACCUCCGCCUCAAGGCCACCUUCAUAUACUACGACUUCGACAAGCUCAUCACCGCGACAGAUCCCGACGCCAAGCCGCCGCUUCUCGACCUAGCCAACCGCCUCUUCCACAGCUUCGAGAAGUUGCAGGCGGCCGUCACCACCAAGGAUGACGCUGACAUAGGAUCCUGCUAUGCUGACUCAAAGCUCAUACUGCAGGAAGUCAUGACAAGAAUGGCCUAGCCAGUAUCCAGGAGAAACAGUUCUGUCAUGAACUGAAAAUUCUGCCUCAAACUCUAUCCAGGAUAGCCUCAGUGCGUGAUGUAAUGUGCAUUUGGUGAUACUGAGAAAUGCCACGAUUCUAGUCUUGAAUGAACAA